AUUCCAGUCAACAGUCAACUCUACAUCUAACAUUUAAUAAAAAUAUUUAAUAACAACUUAUAACUUCGAGUCUAAGAGCAAUACCGCAAACAUGUAUUUCAAGUCCGGAGCAACAUUACUCGCCGCCACCCUCUUUUCUCACCUGGCGGCAUCGCAAGGAAUCUUCAGUUGCCAUACUCGAGAGGAGUGGGGGUAUUCCCCGAAGUGCUGUAUGAACAUCGACGGCCAAGUGGGAACAAACUGUGUCACGGCGCAUCAAAUGGGUGCAACGGAUCCGAUCUGGGAAUGCAACUUGUUCGUAUACAACAUCACGGGAUGUUGUCAGUCGAUUGGAUACAAGAACCCGUACAAUAAUAUCACGAUCGAUCUCUGCGCAACUUCAGUAGAUCCACGAUAAAUACCUGUUAUUAAUACGGGGCCGGAGUUAAAUAACAACUAAUCGGGAUUUAUUGUGGGUUAAUUAGAGCAAGACGGAGAUAAACGUAGAUACAUAAUGUGAUUUAGGUGAUAGGACCGGUUAGUAAAGACUAUGUAAUAAGAAAUAUGAUCCAUACAUUGUUAGCUUG